AUGUCCUCCGUUACCACAGAUGAUGGGCGCAAUACCCCAACAAGUAGUACCGUUUUCGAUGAUCCAAGGGGAUUAGAAGAUUAUGAACGCCCGGGAUUGACGAACCUUGGAGAGCCCCCUUCCGAAGGAAGAACAUACAUAAUCCGAGACUCUGAGGCAGGACUUGUCCUUGCAGUCGAGGAAGGCGUGUUGAAUUUAUUAUCUCAAUACACCGAAGACGAUGGCAGAAUCCACUGGCGCUGCAUUAGGCACCACGAUGGGUGGUAUGGCUUUAGGAACAUGGGCUCUGGCACCUUAAUAGGGCAUAACCGCCAAGGACAGUUUGUUGCACAGGCGACAAAUCAUGCUGACUGGGAGCAGUUUCGCGUGGAGCACGAUCCGGAUGGGGGUUAUACACUUCUUGUGAAGCGUACGGAUUGGUUCCGAUUUUGGCUAGAACCAAUGGUGAUAGAUAGCAAUGGGCAGUUGGUGCUUGCUGGCGCGCGUGAAAGAGGAACUGUAUGGAAGUUUAUUCGUGUUGACAAUCCAAUUUAG